AUGGAGGGAGGCGAUUCCAACAAGGAGAAGGCAUCUUCUAGCAAAAAAAGAAAGAGUGCCCCUGGGAUGGAAAUAGAGGAAAUGGAUAAAGAAGGCAAUGAAAUGGAGAUGGAUGAUUCCGAUGGUGAAGAUGGCUCAAAAGACGAGGAGGUGGGUAAUGAGGAAGAAAGUGGUGAUAAUGAGUCUGAUAAUGAAAUCCCUUUCCACAGUGACUUCCCUGACAAGGACAAUAGCUAUCCUAUGGAGGAUGUGGAAUACAAGAAUAAUGAGGAAAUAGAUGUGAAUUCCAAGAGGGAAAGGAACAAGGAACCUAAGAAGGAUAUGACUAAGGACAUUUUAAGUGAGGAUAAGGAAAGUGUGGAUAAAGGGUUAUUCCUGAAUAACCUUAAAAAAAUCACUGAGGAUCAUAUUUGA